GCUAAACUUCUUGGAGCAGCUACAGGAUUGCCGUAGGAAGCAGAAAAAAGUCGAGCCCUCCCCAUCAGAGGAGCCCCGCAAGGAGGACAGCAAGGGCCCCUCCAAGGUGUCGCUGAAGCGCAGGUCCAAGAUGGAGGACCCCGUGUGGAUCCGAGCCAACUGGGAGGUCGCCAAAGAGCCGACGGCAAAGGGCACAACACUUGAAGAGGCCGAAAGGUUGCUUGAAGAACGAGAGGCCGCCGAACCCGACUUCUUCUGCAUGGCCAGGAUUUGGGCUGGAGGUUGGGGUGGGCAAUGCCGUUUGCCGCACCUUCCUGGUAUAGAGUACUGCGAAGCACACCAAGCACAAGUCAAGCGCCAGCGCUACCUGACUCACGGGCGUAUGGAUGGGGAGAUCCCACCGAAGAAGAAGAAGGAGUUCGAAGUCACGCAGCAGAGGCUCAGGGCGCGCAGCUCUGGUUCCGAAGCUGCACAACCAGGCGCGUGCAAGAACCGCGGCCUGCUGGACCUCCUGCGGAAGGAGACUGCGGAGGUCAAAGCUGAAAAAGCUCCGCAGAAAAAAGGUUGA